AGUUGACUUUCAUCCUGUUCUCUCAUUCUAAGCGUUAUUACGCCAAGACAUCCUUUUACGGUGCUUCCUCUACUUCUCUUCCUUUUCCACCAACUUUGAAGGAGAGUGCCAAGCUAAUUGUACCUGUUCGCGGCUUGAAUACGAAUAUUUCGCUCUUCUUCGAAGGCAAUAUUCUGCGUUUCCUUUCCUUCCAUUGCUGUCUCUAUUAUUUUUCUUUUAAAUAUACAUAUAUACGUACUGUUUGUUUUUUCCCGACCCUUAAGCGGCAGUGAGAGUGAACGCAUUCGUCACUCUUUCUUCGUCUUCAGCGGCAUUUUCAUUAAAGCUGCUGAAGCAAUAAGGGAACGAGAAAAAACUUCCCUUUUCUGUUCAACAACGGUUUCUUAUCUUUUUAAAGUUCCCCUUCGCAAACAUCCAUAUCGAUAUCUUUUCCUCCACGUAGAACUCAUUUUCUGCUUUGUAGUUGAAUUCACGCGGAGCACACAAAUACAACGGUCACAACCCUUUGCAUUUCGGCUCUCUAUUUCUUCUGCUUUUCUCACAGACCGUUUGCUGUGUUGAACGGCACAUACGUAUUCAGAAAUCGUGCGAACGAGGGAGCCAUGGGCGCCUCGGUUUGCAUUAAUAGGACGCGACCAGACGCAGACAAGAGUGACGUGGCGCACGCGAAGUGCUCUCGUAAGGGAGAGAAAGACAGAAAAACUGCCGUUCUGAACGUUUCACCUCUUUCUCAAAGCUCGCUUCUUUACGAUUGCCAACCGGGUGAACUGGGGCGCCGAAUGUGCCCAUUGUGCGCUCGCAGUAUGCAUCGAAAGAACGCCUGUCGUGACCUGAAGGCGCUGCGGAACAGCACCAGCAUCCUCAUCCGAAGAAACCCCGCUCCCACGACCCACGAUCCUGUGUUGGACAACCUAGAUUACGGCUUUGCAUUUGGCGAUGACCUUGUUGCAGAGGCGAACGUGUCUUCGUCGUCGUCGUCGUCUGUCGUGUCCCUCAUCCGAUCCAAAACGAUGAAACGAACCGGGUUGGGGAGUCUUGCGGAGUUCGUGGCGGCGCGGCCGGACGCAGCGGCGGGCGGCAAUCGCGGAAGUACACCACACAGCGCCGCGUGUUCGGCUCACAACAGAAAGGCAGGAACGACGCAGGGGGCGGGGACACGACAACGGGAUCACCCCGGCAAACCCAAGCGUGCCCGUGAGCGCCACCAAAACAAGCUUUAAAGGAGGUAAGACUGGAGCGAAGGAGAAGCUGCUGUACUCAGCUGCGAAAAGGGUCUGGCGAGUGCGGCCCACGUCGUGGGAAGGCAUCCCCACGUACUCUCCUGUGCGAGACCUCUCCUGCUCGCGUAUAUAUGCGUGUGUGUGCACGGAAGUACCAAAAGAAGACUUUUGGCGAACUCCAUUGCGCAACGCAGUCGUUCCCUCCUGUGUGUGUGUUGUUCAACAGAAAAUAAAAGAUAAGAAGGGCUUCAGAGUUAAUGGCGAACAUCGUCAUCAGAUUGUAUGCGUUUCUUUUAUUUAAAUAGGAAUGACUUUCCUCUUUUCCUCAUAGCGCUAGGCGGCUUCAUAUAUAUAUGCUUGAGUGGUUUUGUAUUUGAUACCUCAGAAUUUCACAAUAAAACGUGUUUUUUUUUUCAGGGGACUCUGUGCAAUGAUUAUUUGCACUGCAUCAGUUUUGUACCGUUUGAGGUGGAUCGUAGGCCAGGUAAUAACAAAAGAGCAUAAAUGCGGUGGCUUUCACAUUUAUGUUUCGAUGUUGCAUUCAUGUGUUUGUUUAUUUCUUGGCAUUUUCCGACCGUUAUCAACGUUUUCUGAACGACUUCUUCUGUUUUCAUUGUUGUUUGUGUAGUGUUCUGCUUCCUUUUUGCGUGAGCUCACACUUCUUGAUUGUUGUCUGGAGUGACGGGGGCUUAACGUUGGAUUUUAGUGCACAGUAGCGCUCAAGUUUGCUCGUACGAGGCGCACGGAAGAGAAGAAGCUUGAAUGUGAACAGGGAAGCCGCGCCCGUUAUAUAUACAGAGGUAGCUCUGUUUAAAAUUAUUUCCCUGUGACGCCAUCAAGUGCAAAAUAGAAGCAGAGUUUUUCCUUGUUGUUUCACAGUACUUCUCCAUUUUCAUUUGAAUUUGAUCGAAUAACUUUUCCCAACACCUUCACCAGCUUUUUUGGUCUUGUCUUCUUUUCUGGAUUUGUUGUCCGUUCCAUUGCAGAUUGAGUUCAUCUCGAAUUUUUUCUCUCAUCGUAUUUUGUUGUUGUUGCUGCUUGUGUGUCAGUGUUUUGUAUCCUGGAUUUCUUUUUUCUUUUGUAACCUUUAUUCCUUUUCAUUUCUCCCUAAUCUGACUGCGCAGCUUAAUGGUUAUCCUGCCUCUAGUAUCUAUUUUUUGUUUCCGGUGUUUGUUACAGUGGAAUGAUGAUCUUCAAAGGCUUUCUUUCAUGGAAGCUGGGUGUGUUUUUGGCAGUGCAACUGGAUGUGCUUCUGUCGCUCUUCCUUCCUGUCUCUUGAACCUUUGCUACGUCUUUUCAUGCCUGCUCUUCUUUUCAUAUUAUUCAAUGAGGCGGAUAUUUGUUAUUUUUUGUUUGUUUUCUUCGGUUGGUUGAAUCGGCAUGCGCAGGCACGGAAACAAUGCUACUCCCCAGAAUGACUCCCUCUUUCUCCCUCGAUUCCCUCAUACAAUCCAUAAAGGUUUUGACUCAUUCUUCUUCUCUAUUUCCUUCUCGUUGCUUGUUUGUUUGUUUGCUGAUGUUAUGAUCUAAUGAGGGGCCGUUCCUAACUUUUGUUUCUCUUGCUUGAAGCAUUUUUUUUUUACUGUUCCUGCGUCAGCUCUACUUUAUUCUUCCCUUCUCUUUUCUCUUUUUUCUCUUUUCUUUUCGUUUGUUAUAAGUGGCAAACACCCCAUGAUUCUUGGGUGCUUUCUUAUCCUCAAAAAUACGCUAGUGGAUGUGUCUGGUUCUCCUCCUCCUCCUCUACGAUCUUUUCGAUGGAAACGAAUACGUUCAAUCUACGUAACAAACGGAAAGGUUUUCUAUCAGAAUGUAUGUCUUCGCUAAUAUAUAUACUUUUCUUCCUACUCGCACAAAACUGUCUCUUGUGUGAGCAUUUUAUUGUUGUGAAGAAUACACAUUGUAACCCAUUUCGUUAUUACUCCUCACUUUCUUUUUCUUUUCAGUUGGCCGUAGGGCCUCUCAGAAUUUGCUCCCUUCACGCGCUUCAGAGAGGUGCUAUAGGACACACGCAUUGGUGCGUGAACGGAGUGUGUGUAUUUCCAGCUGAUCAUGGCGCCGUAGCAUUCAGUCCUUUUUUGUGCGUGUGCACAGAGCCAUUUGAUAUUGUUGCCACAUCGUUUCUUUCGUUUCUGAGGCAUGCUAUUCUCUCCUCUUCUCGGAAGCACGUGAGACGGCUCAAACUGCACGUAGAACCGAUUCCACCGCCGUUGAUCUGGAGUAGCCCACGGGACAGUGUCUGUCCCCCUCUUUCUGUGCACGCAACUCGCCCUUCGCCGCCGGACGCAACAAUCAAAAAAGAAAAAGGAGUUUUACGGGCUUGGUUUUUGUAUUAG